AUGAAUUCAUAACUUGAUGAUGGUAUAAGUAUUUUCACUAAUAAAUAGUAUUACAUAAAACAUAAUUUACUAAAAUUGCCAAAAACUCUCCAAAAUUUGAUCAAGAUGAAUGUCUAGAACCACCAUCAUUUUUUGAAAGUUUUUUUCUUGACAAAUCUGGAUAAUCAAGCAAAUAAUAGAUACAUAAUAUUCAAGAUCAAAUUAAUCGAUUUUUAUAUGAUAAUUGCAAUCAAUGGGCUGAUGUUAAUGAGCCUACAAAGACUUAAAAAAUAUCACAAAACAAAUCAAUUCAAAUUAAAAAUUAGGAAAUAAAAUCUGCCACUUAAAUUGCAUUCUUUGUAAAUUGUAUGUUAACAUUAUGGAACAACAUUUUUAAUGCUUUUUUUGCUUUUUUAUUUCCUUAUAUUGUCUUAUUAGAAGGGGAGAAGAGUAAUACUAAUUUAUGUUACUUUCUAUUGUAUUAUAUUUUCAUCAUUUCUUUAACUUACACAAUGUGCUUAUAUAUAUAAAUCAAGAAUUCAGAAAAAUAGUCUACUAUUUGCUUGUUUGAUCUGAUAAAUUAUUUCACAAUUAUAAAUAUCUUUUUAAUUGUGCUGCUAUUGAUCUUUAUUAUUUUAAAUAUCAAAAUCUUAGCAAUAAUUUUGUCAUUUUAUUUUUUUUAUGAAGGUUAUAAUCAGAUUGAAAUGUUAUUUAAAUUACUUGUAAUUCAAAAAAGUAAUAAUUUAUAAUUUAAUUUAGAAAAAUAGUAUAAAUAUAUGGCCAUUUUAAAGAUUAUAAUUUAUUAUAUUUAUUUACUUCAUCUCUUAACUUGCCUCAUUUACUAAGAUGAUUUUUAACUUAAUUAUAGAGAGUUGCUAUUAAUAAACAUAAAUUUUUUCACUUUUCAAGUAAAUUAUUAUACAAUUGAAUCAACUUCUAGUUUAUCGAUGAUAUUAAGUUAAAUAGUUGGAUUAAUUAUGCUAUUUAAAACUAUAGAUACAAUUAUUUAGAUUAGACUAAAUAAAGUUGAAAUAUAUAUUAGACCUUAUAUAAAUUUACAUAUUCUACAUUAUUAUAUAUGGAAUCAUUAAGGAAAAAUACUAGAAAAGUUAAAAAUCUUUUCUUAGCUGGCAAACAGCAGGAUAAUAAAAAAAUAAGUAAUUAAAAAAAAUAUUGUAGAUAAGUUAAAACAUCAUGAAAAACAUUUUUCAAUAGAUUAUUGUUGAUUAUUUGGAAAUUUCUUAAUUUUUCUCAACAAAAUUUAUUUUAAAUUUAUCAGAGCGAAUAAAAGUUUUAAGAAAGAUUUAAGAAAUAGAUCUCCAUGUUAAAAGUGGAUUGUAUAUGGUUUUAAGUGGAGAAGGUUUAAUCAGUAAUAAAAAGGAGGGAUUAAAGUUAUAUGAAUAAAAUAAAAUUGAGAAAGUGUUUGGACUGAUUGAUUGCUUUUAAAAGAAUGUCUCAGAUUAAAAAUUAAGUAAGUUAUAUUAUUAAAUUAAGCAUUUUAUGGUGAUAUUUUAGUUUUGUAUGUAAGUGAAGAAGAUUUUAGGUCUUGUUUGAAUUCAAGUUAGGAUAUAGUAUAAUAUAUGUUUAAAUAAUAAGGAAAAAUUUCAUAUGAUUAAAAAUAAAAUAUAGUUUGAAGGAGAUACAUCCGAUGUCAAUUAUAGAUGUUUAAUUUGUAAAGGAUAUCAUUUGAUGAUGAAAUGCUAAGUUUAAAAAGAUGUUCAAAAAUUAAUAUUAAUGGAUUAUAAUGUAUAGAACGAGAGAUAAUAAUGGAAUAGACGAAAAAUUCGUAAAUAAUAUGCUUAUGAAAUUUAUUUAGUAAAUAUUUUAAUAAUAAUUGAAAGAAAAAGUUGAAGUAAUAGAUUAGUGUAACAGCUAGUUCAGAAUGUGAUAAUAGUGAGGAUAGUAGUGAUAAUGAUAAAUUUCAGAUUUAUUUGGAUGAUCUAAGUGAAAGUUAAAAAUUUAUAGAAAAAAAUUUGUUUCUUGGAAAUAGUAAAGGAACUAUAACAAUUCCAACAAUUUCAAAGGAAGCGUAUGGUGAUUUCAUUUCAGAAAAGAUUUUGUUGGAAUAAUUAAAGUAAAGCCACAAAUAAAUUUCCAUUUAACCAUCAUUAAUAUAACCUGGAAGUUAAUAAUUGGGAGAUUGUUUUAGAGGAGAUAUUCGUAGUCAAUAAUUACAUCCUUCUUUAUAUAAAUUUUAAGAUAUUUUGGGAAGUGAAGCCAUUGAUUCAAUAAAAGAGUAUGUUUAUUUCUAUCCAGAGUUUAACAUCAGCUCAAUAAUUUCAUAAUUACAUAAGUGA